CACUGGCCGCCAUAGUUCUAGGAAGUGAGGAAGUUAACAGAUGUGACGCUCGCCCUCUGCCGCCCCCCCCGCCCUAACAGUUUUUCCCCUGUACAAAAUGGCGCCCUUGGACCUGGAUAAGUACGUGGAAAUCGCUCGGCAGUGUAAAUAUCUACCGGAGAACGAUCUGAAGGUGAGCAGCUGGCAGCCUGUCCAGUAUGGCGGUUCUAUGAAGGUGAUCUCCCUGUGGGGUGGAUUGGGAGCUCUCACACAGGGCAGAGUCUCCCAGGAACUGCCAUGGCUGGCUAUAGAGAGCAGCACAGGCUGAGCCUGGCACCCAGGGGCUGAGGGGAAACUGCAUGUGGUCUGAUGCCCACCCAGUCUCUGGGCUGGAAAAGCAUUGUGGGAAAUGCAGUUCACGAAUCUGUGGGCCACCAUGGUUUGUGGUAAGGCCAGUACACAGGAUAUAGGGUGUAAGUGUGGAUGCUGCAAUGAGCUGGGUAUGUGUGACAGCUGCAUUUACAUAGGUGGUAUAUGCUCUAACAAAAACGUUUUAUUUAAUUUGUUUUGCCUUUAUUUAAAAUGUUUAUUUUUUUUAUAUGUGUCUGUUUGCAUAUAUGCUUGGUGAAUAUUAUCAAGGUACUUUUAAAAGGUGAUGUAGAAGUUUGAUACAAAAGAUUAAGCAUCCAUGAUACAUAGAAUAUAGCUUUUUAUAGCUAACAUUUUAAUUCUACUUUUAAGAAUAACUGCAGUUUCUGAGAGUUUUCAGCUUUUGCUAGGUGUAAUGAUCAGACCAGGAAGUAGCUUUUUCUAUUGAGUUCUUAAGUAUAUGCCAAGGAUCUAUGGUUUAUAGCGUACCACUUGCAGAUGUUUGUUUCAUCAUCAGACAUGAAUUAAACUGUUGCCUGAGCUAAUGGCAGUAACCAUAGGCUGGGGGGGGGAGAGUUCAUUUUUGUCAGGUUCUAUCCUAGCAAAAAAAAUGCCUGCUCUUAUGAGAUUAACACUUUACUUGGGUGGCCUGAAAUUAGACACCUCUGACAGGGAGGGGUGCAAAGCCAAAGCAUUUGGUCUGGACUCCCUAAUAUAUACUUACUUAGCUGAAAAUAGACUUGUGUCCAUCAAGUUCAGCUUUCCUCACAUUUGUUUUUUGCUGUUGAUCCAAAAGAAGGCUAAAAAACCCAGUUUGAAGCACAAUUUUGCAACAAGCUAGGAAAAAAAUUCCUUCUUGACCCCAGAAUGGCAGUCAGAUUUAUCCUUGGAUCAAGCAGUUCUUACCCUACAUUGAAAGAUUAUAUCCUUAAAUAUUCUGUUUUUGCAAGUAUGCAUCUAGUAGCUGUUUGAACAUCUGUAUGGACUCUGAUAGAACCACUACAAUUCAUAACUUUUUGACAUGCGUCUUUCAGGAUUUUUUUUUUGUUUUGUUCUGUCUCUCACUGUUAAAAUACACUUACCAUUAAAAUUAUAGGCUGAUCAAUUCUUUGUCAGUGGACAAACGGUCAAAAUCAGCAGGGGGAUCAAAUACUUUUUUCCUCACUGUAAUAACAUGUCUUUUUCGUACUGCACUGUAAUAAGGGUAAAGAUGCAUUUAAAUGUGUGUGCCUCUCAUCUAAUGUCAUUGCUUAAAGGACCACUAUAGUGCCAGGAAAACAUACUCGUUUUCCUGGCACUAUAGUGCCCUGAGGGUGCCCCCACCCUCAGGGUCUCUCUCCCGCCCGGCUCUGGAAAGGGGAAAAGGGUUAAAAUUAGCUUUUUUUCAGCGCCGGGCGGGGAGCUCUCCUCCUCCCCGUCUGCUGAAUGCGCACGCGCGGCAAGAGCUGCGCGCGCAUUCAGCCGGUCGCAUAGGAAAGCAUUAUCAAUGCUUUCCUAUGGACGCUUGCGUGCUCUCACUGUGAUUUUCACAGUGAGAAUCACGCAAGCGCCUCUAGCGGAUGUCAAUGAGACAGCCGCUAGAGGAAUUGGAGGAAGGAUUAACCCAUUUAUAAACAUAGCAGUUUCUCUGAAACUGCUAUGUAUGUAUAUAUAUAUAUAUAUAUAUUAAAAAGAAAAAAAAAUGGGUUAACCCUAGCUGGACCUGGCACCCAGACCACUUCAUUAAGCUGAAGUGAUCUGGGUGCCUAGAGUGGUCCUUUAAAGCAGGGCUUCCCAGCCUGUGGUACAUGUACCCCCACCCCCCCUUUCACUUCCUCCCAGCUGAAACAGACUCUGCCGCAAAGGAGAGGGGCGGGGGGGACCAUGAACUAGUAGUGCCUUUCUCCACCUGCCUACAAUGUUAACUCCUCCCACUUGCUGACAUAACACCGCCUCUGCCGUGAUAACCCCAUUGAUCGGCUUAACUCCACUUCUGCUGGUAUAGCUCCGCCUCCCCUGGCUGUCAGGAGAGGAGCCUGCUCUGACCUCUCGUCAACCCCAGCCAGCAGAAGCUCCCAUAAGGUAGGAAACUGGAGGGUGGCUAAAAUGUUCACCUGUAUGUGUGUUUUGGGUGUCAGUUUCUGUAUGUGUGUGUAUGUCUGUACGUCGGUGUGUAUCUAUCUGUACACCUGUAUGUGUAUCUGUCAGUGUUUGAAUCUGCGUGUGUGUCUGCACAUCUGUAGGUGGAUAUCUGUCUCCAUCUGUAUGUGUGCCAGUGUGUAUCUGUCUGUACAUUUGUGUCUGCAUCUGUGUGUCUGUUGGGACCCUGGGGGAAAGGAGGAGCAAGGGGAGGCUGGGGCAGAAAAAAAAAGGUUAACUUUUGAAAUUACAGCAACUAUAUCUUGCUAAUAUGAGGGGUACAGUUUAUGGAAUUGGGCUGUCAGGGGGUACUCUAGUGACAAAAGGUUGGGAACCAGUGGCUUAAAAGGGAUUCUAUAGGCAUUUUAAAACAUCUUCCCCCCCCCCCCUCCCCUCCCCCUAAAUAUAGCAAAAUCUUACUUUUGUUCAAGUCUGCAGCUGCUGGCUCUGCCUCUGAUGUGCCUGCUUGGCUGACAUCAGAAGUGUUGUUAUAAGACAAUCACAGUGCUUUCAUAUAGGAUUGGCUGAGACUGUCAAGGAGGCAGAUCAGGGGCAGAGCCAAACACAGACCUGGCCAAUCAGCAUCUCAUCAUAGAGAUGAAUUGAAUCAGUGCAUUUCUAUGGUAAAGUUUGGUGUCUGCAUACAGAGGGUGGAUAGGUGCAUAGUAGCCAAUUGUGGAGUGGCCAGUGGAGUUAUCACAACGCUGUAAUGUAAACACUGCAUUUCCUCUGAAAAGAGUUUUUACAGCAAAAAGCCUGAAGGGAAUGAUUAUACUCACCAGAACAAAUGCAGUAAGCUGUAGUAGCUUAAUGAAACAAUUUUGGUGUAUAGAUCAUGCACCUGCAGCCUCACUGCUCAAUUCUCUGCCAUUGACGAGUUAAAGGGACACUAGACAUCCAGACCACUUUAGCUUAUUGACGUAGUCUGGGUGCUGUGAACUAGGGAUUGACUGAUAUUGUGGUUUAUUUUUUUUUUAUUUUUUUUUUGAGCUGAUGCCGAUCUGUGAACUUUCAGGUUGAUAGCCGAUAUUCUGUACAUUUACCAUUUUGAAAAAAUAAACUAUUUCUACACAAAUUUACUGUUAACUAAACAUGUUUAUUAUUUAUUAUUUUUGUAAAUCUUUAUUCUUUUGAAAAAGAUUUUUAAGGUAAAUGCUCAAAAUAUAUAUGCCAGUCAGAAUUUUUUGUUUUCGUGUGUGUGUGUGUGUGUGUGUUAGGGAUCGACCAAUAUUGUGUUUUGGGGUUUUAAAAAAAAAAAAAAAAAAAAUUUUGAGCAGAUUCUGAUUAAUCUGUGAAUUUUCAGGCCGAUAACUUACCGAUAUUCUGUACAUUUACCAUUUUGAAAAGAAAAAACUGUUUCUAAAGGUAAAGGCACAAAAUAUAUAUGCCACAUGUAGUGGAUGCAGUGUGUUUAGACAGGGGAGCUGUGUGUGUGUUUUGUGUAGUGGAUGCAGUGAGUGUUUGUGUAUUUGUGUGUGUGUGUGAGUUUCUGUUGGUAUGUAAUAUGUGUAAAAUGGGGGGAGGGGGGAGGAGAAGGGGACUAUGCAGUGGGGCCCCCCAGCAAGCGCUUACUUACCUUCCCAGCUACUCCCUUCAGCUCCCCAGUGUAAAUCUCACGGACUGUGUACCGUGGCAACGCUCUGAUGGCCACGGGAUUUACAAGAUUUACACAGGACCGCCGGGCUUGUCAUAGGCCUGGCAGGCCUAGUGUGUAUUAUCGGCAAUAUCGGUAUCUCUAUGGGCCGAUACCGAUGUUGCCGAAUAUCGGCCAGACCGAUAAUAGUUCGAUCCCUAGUGUUUGUGUAGGUAUGUAAUGUGUGUGUAAAAAGGGGGGAAUGAAUUUAUUUUUUAUUUUUUUCCUGGCACUAUAGGAUCCCUUUGCUUCUGUUUAUGCAGCCCUAGCCUCACCUCCCCUGGCUAUGACUUGCACAGCCUGCAUUAAAAAUGGUUUAAUUUUCUUUUAGAUCUUAGAUUUCUAAAGUACAUUAUCUUUUGCUCUGUAAAUUGAACAUUAAUCACACACAGAAGUCUCCUAUUGGCUCUAUCAUAAUGUUAACCGUGCAUGAGAUAAGAAAUUCUAAAUGAAACAGAAUCUGCAAUAAAGGAAAUGUAAACAUUAGACCUUGCUUCUCAAGAAGUGUUUAGGAAGGCUGUGCACAUUACAUGCAGGGAGGUGUGCCUAGGGCUGUAUAAACAGAGUGACUGAACAACUAAUUGUCAGAUAAUUAAGCAGUGAGACUGCAGGGGCAUGAUCAAUACACCAAAACUGCUUCAUUGAGCUAAAGUUGUUUUAUGUUGCCUGUAGUGUCCCUUUAAUAUUUCAUUAAUUUCACCACUUUGGCAAAAUGCAUUGGCUACAUUUUACACUGAUUAAAAACCGAAGGAUCCCUGCUUAAAUCACUCUGCUUGUUUCGUGAAGUGCAAAAUCACAUCCAAGCCGCUAAAACUUCUGUUAUAUUAAGUGGAAUAUUGAUAAGCAGACAUUUUGGUCCAGUGUUGUAAAAGUGGAGCAAUUGGCAGGAACAUUAUUGUAUUUUUAGAACUAUUUACCUUGACUGCAUUAUAUAAACUAGAAAAGCUACAAUUGCUGGGGAAAUUGUGUGAAGUAUUCUUGCCUCCACCAGUAGUCUACAACUGGAGUGGGCGGAGUAACAGUUAUUAUUUAUUUAUAUAGCACAUUUAAUUGCAACGUUGUUGCCCAAAGUUCUUCACAGUUACAUUAAAACAUACAUUUAUAAAAACAUUAGCAGGCGUACAAAAGGCCCUGUCUAUGACAUCACUUGCUUCUCCAGCCUGGCACAAGUCAGAGUAUUUUGGCGGUUGCCAUCUUCAGACGUCGUAUUUUAAAAACUAUACAUCCUACAACGAAGAGCUUUAUAUUGUGAGAAUCACAAGACCCAGACCUACAUUUUGAUGCAUAGUAUGUCUCUGAAGUAUUUAAAAAUGAAGGCGCAGUUUAGAAAUUGUCCUUCAAGUUUGAGCUGGCUGGAGUGGAGUUUCAAUGGAUGGCGUGAGUUGCAAUCAAAUGGUCAUAUUGUGAAAACUAUCAGGACUAUAACUUACCGUGGACAUUUUUAGUGGCAGCAGGGGUAGCUGAACGUUUUGAUAUAAGAUUUGUGUAGGUGGGCUUGAAAAUGAGGGAGUGGUGGCAGUUUAGAAAUCAAGUCCUGAUUUUUCAGCUUUUGCCAGCUCCCACUCUAGUUUUGAACAUUUUGCCAUUCAUUCCUAUGGGACCAAUUUCGCCACAAGAACGACGAUAUUCCGUGAACCAUUCGGCAAAAUGUUCCACAAAGUAAUAGCAAUCCAAUUGGGAACAAUCUGCACGUUUCGGUAUAUUACUGUCUAUGUAGUGUAAAAACUGUGGGAGGAGUUAGGGUGGUAAGUUUGGCUAUAAUAAAAAUAAUAAUAUAUGUGAGAUAACAUUAAGUAGUCUUGCUAUGCAAGAACACUUAAUAAACAACUUUUAACUAUUCUGACCGUGUCCGCCUUUGUUUUAUAUUUCCAUUUUAUUUUUAGUUAUAUAUUUUUUAUUUUAUUUUUUUUGUCUUGACACAAGAUUCCUCAUCAGGAAUUUCUUCACCAACCAGAAGCAUAGCAAAGACCUUGGUAAUUUCAGGGACCAAUCUGGAAUAAUGAUGUGGACUCACUUGCGUAGGUAAAAUAACAGUUGCUUUUAUAAAUCAAACUACAUGUAAAAUAUGUGUGCACACACGCACCAAAAGAAUCCUAACCUGUUUUGUGAUUGAGGCACUACCUCAGAUGUAGAUGGUCCCUGAGGAAGAGACCACUUUUGUUGCCCCCUAUAUUUUAUAUGUAGUUUUGAUUUAAUAAAGCAAUUUUUUUUAAUAUAUAUAUAUCUAUCUCUGUACUAUUGAGUGCACAUCAUUGCUCCUUAUUAGGCUGAGGGCCUUUGCUGUAUGUUUGCUAGGGUAAUAAAUCUCGUUCUUUGCAUCUGCUUAUACGUUGUUGAACGUCCCUAUUAUAAUUUUCCUUAAGUAUGCUAUUUUGAAAUGUAUUCCAAUUUUCAAAGCUCAUUUCUUUAUAAAGCUAUAACACCGCAAUGAAGGGACACACCAGACACCAUAAAUUUGUGGGAAUAAAGUUGCCAUGGUACCAGUAUGUCCCUACCUUCAGUAAUGAGUGAUUAAACACAAAGUCUUCGGUCCAGGGCUUGUCAACUCUGCCCCCAAACUUCAGUUUGAUUGCAAGGCUUCAGUUUGUAAGCCCUGAACAGUAGCACCACUGAUAUUUGGCACCUAAUUCAUAAUACUGAGGGAAAUUCAUUUUGUGAAUGGGAUGAAACUGAUGGGCUGAGAGUGUUGGCUAACUCUCUCAGAUGAUUAAUGGCAUCCAUGUCCAAAGCUUCCUGAUUGAAGCCUCAGACUCAGACAGAAGCUGGGAAGCAUGGCGACUGUUAAUGAACAAUUUAAACCCUGCUGGUAAACCGUAAUACCUUAAUUCAGAUAAAAUUUGUUUUGGUGCUUGAAGUGUGUGGUUUUUUUUAUUUAUUUAUUUUUUUGUGUUUAAAACCUUAGAACCUUGUACUAUGCAAUAUAUAAAAAGUUGAGUUAAAUCAUGUUUCUGUAAUCAUUAAUUUGUUAAUCUCUUUUUAUAAAUGUAUAGAGACUAUGUGACUAUGUGUGUGAUCUGCUGCUAGAAGAAUCAAAUGUACAGCCAGUGUCCACGCCAGUUACAGUUUGUGGAGACAUACAUGGACAGGUAAGUAGAAAUAUUUUCCUUUCCAUUUUGUGUGAAUUGUCGCAAGUAUCGAAUUUACCCCAUUGAACAUCACCUGUUCAAGAUGCUCCAAUUUCUUUCAAACUUAUGUUAGAUUACCCAUAAUGCUAGCUACAGCCUAUGCUCUUGAAGAAGCAUUCAGUUAUCUUUAUCCAUUGUUCUAGCAGUCGGGAAGACUGUCACUUUAUACACACACACUACUUUUCUCGUAAACCGUUGUUUUACACUGCAGUGUUUAAAUGACAGGACCUCUGUACCCACCCAAAGUCAAGCAGUCUAAGUGACUUUAGAUUUGCUUCAUAAUACUGUAUUUGUGAUCCGUUGCAGCAAUAAUUUGUGUUAUGUAAAAUAUUGAAAAAUGAGUUGUUUGAUACAGAGAUCUGUAGAUAAACGGUCACAGAGGAAAGGUGUGAAAAGAGGGAUGAAGGGACCUGCAGAAAUGUGGUUGUAGUUUUCAAAUUACCUACUGUUUUCAAUAUAUAUUUAUUUAUGCAGCCCAAUCACUAACUGUUUGUAUUCUAGUUUUAUGAUCUAUGCGAGCUCUUCAGGACUGGAGGACAAGUCCCUGACACAAACUACAUAUUUAUGGUAUGUUGACAUAUGUCUGCUGUGUAAGGUGUAGAGCAGUGAUGGCUAACCUUGACCCCAUAAAUUGUUUCUGGACUACAUUUCCCUUGAUGCUCAGCUAGCUUUUAGAGUCUAAAAGCUAGCUGAGCAUUACGGGAAAAGUAGUACAGAAACAAUUUAUGGGGUCAAGGUUAGCCAUCACUGGUGUAGAGCAAGCAUGUCAAAUAAACCAGGCUUCAGUUUAGGUGGGCAAAAAAAAAAAAGAAGUUUGACCAGGACCAAUACAAACUAAAAUUACUUGCAUCAUUCUCAUGCAAACAAUAUGUAAUCCUGUGUGUGUGUGUAUGUAUAUGUAUGUGUGUGUGUGUGUGUGUAUAUAUAUAUGUGUGUGUGUGUGUGUGUGUGUGUGUGUGUGUGUGUGUAUAUAUAUAUAUAUAUAUAUAUAUAUAUAUAUAUAUAUAUAUAUAUAUAUAUAUAUAUAUAUAUAUAAUAUAUUUUCAUUUAAAAGCUUCACUUCAAGUUACUAUCUCAGUAGUAAUGACACUGUCUGGAGUGGAAUUACUUAAACUAAACUGCUUUGCAAAAAGUAACAUGAGGCCUUUUUGUUUUUUAGAUGUAAUCUGUGAUUUAACAGACUACUUUUCUAUGUUGGCACUAUUGUUUUACUGGUCGUAUUAUUUUUUUCUCUAUAAAAUUGUGAAGAAGCAUUAUUCAUUUAUUCUUCAAAUUGCAAAACAAAUACAAUGCUUGCGGUAUUUGGUAGCUGGGAACUGCAGGCGUAUUUGUUUGUGUCCACAGGUAUUCCUCUCUAUAAUUGCUUUAGCAAAAUUACUUCUCUUAGUUGAAUUUGUCCAGUCUACUAAUAAAGUGAUUUUUCAUUUCUUUAUAUUUAAUACAUUUUUUUUUUUUUUUUGUGGUGCUUUUCAGGGAGACUUUGUAGACCGAGGGUAUUACAGUCUAGAGACGUUUACCUAUCUUCUUGCCCUGAAAGCAAAGUGGCCUGACCGCAUUACAUUGCUGAGAGGAAAUCAUGAGAGCAGACAAAUUACACAGGUGUAUGGAUUCUAUGGUAAGAAGUUCUAUUUCAACCACUUUAUAUCAUUUUGUGUAUUGCAAGUUUUAUUUUUAGACACACAUACAUAUAUAUCAUGAUUGAUUUAUUUUUUCUGUAAUUUUAGAUGAGUGCCAAACAAAAUAUGGAAAUGCCAAUGCAUGGCGGUACUGUACCAAGGUGUUUGAUAUGCUAACUGUAGCAGCUGUAAGUAAUGCAUUAAAACAAUUGUACACACAUAGUGAAUUAUGGUCUUGUUUAAUACAUUUGGAUAAACUUUAGAUAGAUUUUUAAUAUUUAGAUUUAAUUUUUAUAUGUGUGUGUAUGUAUUUAAUUGCAGGUAUAAAGGAUUUAGGGGUGAUUAUUUCUGAUGAGUUAAAGGUAGGCAGACAAUGUAAUAGAGCAGCGUGAAAUGCUAGCAGAAUGCUUGGUUGUAUAGGGAGAGGUAUUAGCAGUAGAAAGAGGGAAGUGCUCAUGCCAUUGUACAGCACACGGGUGAGACCUCACUUGGAGUAUUGUACAUUGUACUGGAGACCGUAUCUUCAGAAGGAUAUUGAUACCUUAGAGAGGGUUCAGAGAAGGGCUACUAAACUGGUUCAUGGAUUGCGGGAUAAAACUUACCAGGAAAGGUUAAAGGAUCUUAACAUGUAUAGCUUGGAGGAAAGACGAGACAGGGGGGAUAUGAUAGAAACAUUUAAAUAAAUAAAGGGAAUCAACACAGUCAAGGAGGAGACUAUUUUUAAAAGAAGAAAAACUACCACAUAGUCUUAAAUUAGAGGGACAAAGGUUUAAAAAUAAUAUCAGGAAGUAUUACUUUACUGAGAGGGUAGUGGAUGCAUGGAAUAGCCUUCCAGCUGAAGUGGUAGAGGUUAACACAGUAAAGGAGUUUAAGCAUGCGUGGGAUAGGCAUAAGGCUAUCCUAACUAUAAGAUAAGGCUAGGGACUAAUGAAAGUAUUUAGAAAAUUGGGCAGACUAUAUGGGCCGAAUGGUUCUUAUCUGCCGUCAAAUUCUAUGUUUUUUUUUUUUUUUUCUAAUAGUGGUAUAUGGGGGUACCAGCAGUUACAAUGUAUAUAUUUAAGAAUUUAAUAUAUUAGAAAAGAAUACAUUUUAAAAGUUUAUCCACAAUUCUCAUCUAAAAAUAUUUCAUCUGGGUUUUUAUUGGGGAAUACAUGAAGAAAAUGUAUGGACAUGUAUCCACUGUUACUGGUUAAAAAAAACAAAUUUUAAUGGCAGUGACCUCGUAGAUGUUAAACCUCUAGCGAAAGAAAGCAUUUUUGUGUUGAUGCUUUAAUUUUGUAAUUUUUUAUAUUUUAUUUUACUUAUUUGCACGUAUAACUGCAAACCGCAGUGAAAUGUUGCUUUCUGCAGUUCUAAUUGACUAACGUACUGCUGGUUUUCCCUAGAGUUUUCCCUUGACUUUUGCAGUGCAUCAUAGUGUCUCGUGGACUACUUUGUUUUAUUUCCUCUCAAUUUAGCUGAUAGAUGAGCAGAUACUAUGUGUGCAUGGAGGACUCUCUCCAGACAUAAAGACACUAGAUCAGAUCCGGACCAUUGAACGAAACCAAGAAAUUCCCCACAAAGGAGCAUUUUGUGAUCUUGUAUGGUCCGAUCCGGAGGAUGUGGAUACUUGGGCUAUCAGUCCUAGAGGAGCUGGCUGGUUAUUUGGAGCCAAAGUCACCAAUGAGGUAAUUUUCCAGUUUGAAAUGAAGAAGACUUCAGUGGCUUAUGUUAAAGCCUGAUCAGUGUAUACUUAAAUUCACAUAAAUGCUGACUUUUGAUUUAAGAAUUUUCACAACCGUAUACAUCUUUAAAGCGGAGCUGUCACCAUCUAGGGACUUUGCAUAAUUUGCAAACACCCUCGACAGGGACAUUGCCUGUGGGUGUCUGAUAGUUGGGGCGGGGGGCAGGGGGGGGUGCAGGCAAAGGUGAGUUUUACUUACCUGAAUCUGGUUGAGAUUCCUUAAAGGACCACUAUAGGCAUCCAGACCACUUCAGCUUAAUGAAGUGGUCUGGAUGCCAGGUCCAUCCAGGGUUAACCCUGCCUGCUGUAAACAUAGCAGUUUCAGAGAAACUGCUAUGUUUACAUUAGGGUUAAUCCAGCCUCUAGUGGCUGUCUCACUGACAGUUGCUAGAGGUGCUUCUCACUGAUUUUCACAGUAAGACGCCAACGUCCAUAGGAAAGCAUUGAGAAAUGCUUUCCUAUGGACUGACUGCUCGCGCGGCUCUUGCCGUGCAUGCGCAUUCAGCGGAUGACGACGGAAGAGGGAGGAGAGUCCCCAGCGCUGGAGAAAGGUAAGAAUUUAACAAGUUCAGCCCAGUGGGAGUGGGACCCUGAGGGUGGGGGGGGGACAUAAAGACCUUAUAGAGCCAGGAAAACAAGGGGGAACUCCCUUUUUAUAUGUUGAAUCCGUAGAAGGGAUACUAACUAGGAUUUAGCACUUUAAAAAAAAAAAAAAAAAUUAUAUUACCAAAGCUACCACUGCAGCACUAAAAAAAAAAAUGCAUGUUUGUUUUAUACAGGUGGCAAUAUUAUUGUAACCUUUGUUAAAGAUUAAAAUUAACAUUUACAAUAACUAACCUGAAUACUGUAACGUCAUAUUCACUGAUGGUUUUUAUUUUUAUCCAUGUAAGUAGACAUGAGCCAUACAUCUAGGAUUGCACUUGAUCUGUAUUUUUGCAAUUUUAUAUCUGACCACAAAUCCGCAUUGACUUUUAUUUAUUUCCAUCUGUAGUUCGUCCACAUCAAUAAUCUGAAGCUUAUUUGCCGAGCUCAUCAACUUGUCCAUGAAGGUUACAAAUUCAUGUUUGAUGAGAAGCUUGUGACAGUCUGGUCGGCCCCAAACUACUGUUACCGCUGUGGAAACAUUGCCUCUAUUAUGGUGUUCAAGGAUGUGAAUACUCGAGAGCCAAAACUCUUUCGGGCUGUUCCUGAUUCAGAGCGUGUUAUUCCUCCCAGAACCACCACUCCUUAUUUCCUCUGAGGUCUCUUCCACUGUGUGUUCUGUAUUGAAAACUAUUAUUUUUAAGCACUUUGCUGCUGUAAUGCUGCAUCUUGCCUUGUUUUUGUUUAUUUCUAUUUUUUUUUUUUUUUUUUAAAUUAUCAAACAUGUCUAUUGCUUUAUUAAUCUUGUCAGGCAAAGAUCUUACAAUUCUGUACUGGUCUGUUAAGGGUUUAUAUUAGCUGGAAAGUAUUGUCCUCUUCAGACACAAAGCUCACUUUAGCAGUAUAUGAUGGCUUUGGGCAGCAACACUGUGACAUUAAAUUUUUGAAAUAUUCUAGUUGUCCAGUAUGGUAAUUCAAACAUACUACUGUGGAGUUCUAGGUUUGCGUUCUGUAAACGAACUGGGUAGUGCAGUGUUACAAUAACCUUCCAUUUCAUUCCACCCAAGCAGAGCUAAAUUUAUGGAUUAGUCAUUAUCAUAAGGCUAGGGCCCAUUUUUAUGGGCAUGAAAAUGUGAGGAGGUUUUUUUUUUUUUUUGUUUUUUUACAAAAUUACAGUUUUGAGUUGGUUGUUUCUGAACAUUCUUUAGAAGAAAAGUAAUUGUUUCUUCAUGUCCAUGAUUUUUUCUUAAUCUUUCAGUGGGCAGUAUAUCAACUGUGGUGCCAUUGGACAACCCUACAUAACUAUCUUUUGUUUAGAAUAAUCAUAUGGGAUAGUCAACAAAUCAGAUAUAAAUAACAAAGGUCAGCAGGGUAUCGACAGGAUUGGUUAAAGCUAUGUAAUUUUACACACUGUAUUAGUAAGGUAAUUGGCAAAAUUGUUACUGAGUGUAUCUACAUUCGUAAAGGAUGUUUGAAUGUGAGUAACAAGUGCAUCAUGGGCUCUGCACUAUAGUAACUCAUUGCACUGCUCCUCAGGACAUCAAAUCAAUUCACAAUGCUUUGAGUGUUGCGCUGUGGGAUCACACAAGUCGCUUCCUCAGGGAAUAAACUGAACUUAAGCAGUGAAAUUGCUAACGCUCAUGCGAUUUUUGUCCCAGGAAUUAAAAUAGGGUAGUAGCAGUACAACCCUUGGUCAUCUACCGUAAGAUGUAGGCCAAUGUUCUUCAUGAGGGGUGUGUUUUUCCGCCGUUAUGCAACCACAAUAGCCAUAAUCUUCUGCAAGCCCAACUUUAGCUGAGAUUUAUGGCAUUUGUAGCAAGGUUUUGGGGGAGUGGGGAGAGUAAUGGAAAUAUGUUCAUCAACACGAGGACUACAUUAUGGCUGAUCGAUAUAGUUGGCUAAUUUAACUUUUUUUUUUUUUUUUUAUCUUGAUAAUUGACCUGCCAACUUUAAUUCAGAAUCUAUUCUUAUGGUGUAAAUAUUCAAGGGAAAACAAGUUAACAAACUUUUUUUUUUUUUUUUUUGUACAUGUUUUUGAUCUGCAAACACAUUCAAUAGAGGAAAGCUCGCUUGUUGUUACUAUGGUUUGUUCUUUUAUUUUAUCAUAGGAGAAGAACUGUUCAGCAGCAAAAUUAUGGACUGACUGUGUAUGCCUAGUGUUGUGCGUGGGAGCAAAGGAAUUGUCCUUCAUCAGAUGUUUUAAAGUGAAUAUAUAUAAAUACGAAGAAAAAGAGAAAUAGUUUGACAGAAGCUGCAUUAUUCCGUGUGGAAAAUUUAUUGCAGCUUUUGAAUUUGUAUAUUAAAAUUAUUGUACUGAUCUUAGGUUAUUUUCCCUUCCAGAUAUCUUGUAUUUUAAUAAAGUAACAUUAAAAGCCACAUAGAAGUUAAAUAUUCAGAAUAAAAUGUGUAUGUCUUUUAUUUUUCUUGCAUUUUUGAGCAACUGUGCCUAAUGUGAGUUCAUGUAUUUAAAGUUAAAAAAAAAAAAGUUGUGGGUUUGUUUUGGCUUUUUAUUUUCUGCGUUUUGUUGGAAAAUUGAGUUACAAAAUACAGGCUAAGUAGAACAAGACAGAACAACCAGAACGAGUUAAGGACAGGUCUUUUAGAGUGAAAACAAUAUCAUAAAACACAAAUAUAUUUCCAGGAAAAAUACGCUCAUAAAAAAGUGGGUAAAGGAAUAGAUAACGCCCACCACUAAGGAAAAUGCAAAGAUCCAGAAAGGGUAGUGCCUGUUCUCCUUAAGCGCAUACAAAGGGCCUUGAUCUUCAGUUAUUUUUCAUGGUGGCUGACUUCCAG